AUGCACAUAGCGGACAUAGCUGUCUUUCUGUUUGUAGUAGUGAUCAUCGUUGUCUCGUUGCUGUCCAACGUGGUGGUGGUUAUCUGCUUUCUGUACAACCCGGAGAUUCGAAAGCAGGUUCCCGGGUUGUUUAUCCUCAACCUUACCUUCUGCAACCUGUUUCUUACCGUUUCUACCAUGCCUCUAACUCUGGUCGGACUUAUCAACAAAGGAAACCCUGGAAGCAGCGGGUUCUGUCAAACUGUGGGUUUCCUGGACACUUUUCUCACCACGAACUCAAUGCUCAGUAUGGGGGCUUUGAGCAUUGAUAGAUGGGUAGCGGUGGUUUUUCCGCUAAGCUACCACUCCAGAAUACGACACCGGGACGCAGUGAUAGCUCUGGCAUACACGUGGUUACACUCGCUCUCCUUCUCCACGGUGGCCACUUGCCUCUCCUGGGUUGGGUACCAUCACCUUUACGCAUCCUGUACGCUCUGCAAUGCGAGAGCAAGUGACACUAAGACGCAGUUCAUCAUCUACACUGUGGUUUUACACUCGCUCACUUUUCUCAUGACCUUGAUUGUGUUGUGUGUAACGUACCUGAAAGUGCUGAAAGUUGCGCGUUUUCACUGUAAACGCAUCGACGUGAUCACUAUGCAGACCUUAUUGCUGCUUGUGGAUAUUCACCCGAGUGUGCGCCAGCGAUGCCUGGAUGAGCAGAGACAGCGGAGGCAGAGAGCCACCAAGAAGAUCAGCACAUUCAUUGGAACGUUUGUGGUGUGCUUUGCCCCCUACGUCAUUACGAGAAUUGUGGAGCUCUCCACCCCAGGACACAUAAGCCCUCAUUGGGGUGUCCUGUCCAAGUGUUUGGCCUACAGCAAGGCAGCCUGUGACCCUUUUGUCUACUCACUGCUCCGAAACCAGUACAGGAAGACAUUCAGUGACCUGGCUAACAAGAUCUUGAAGAGGAGCUCCUUUAACUCCUCCGUCCGCAGGGUGGAGAAUGGCAGGGCUACCGAUACCAACAACACCAAACCCACCCAGUGA